GGUUGUAAAAUGGGACAAAACUCACUUAACGGCUUGCUUAGCAAUGGAAAUUUUGGACUCAAUUGUGGUUGUACGUUGAGGACUGCCUGUACAGCAGAUCUGACCUCCCCAAACUCCUAGUCUCUUGGCCUUAGAUACAUAAUGAUAUUUAGAUACCAAUGGCCUUAGAUACAUAAUCGCUAUCAUCAAUACUCACAUAGCAUAGUCAAUUCCUAUCAUGCGUAAAAUAUUACAUUUACAUCUCUACUUUCCUAAAAUGUUGCAGUAUAAGUUGCACUCAUAAGAAUGGGAAUGGCAGGAAGAGAGCAGUAAGACAUCAUAGUAGAAACCCACGUUAUGUCCCUUUCUAAUAAUGAAGCUUACUAACUGCAUACUCGCCAAUAGACUUAAAUUGGAAGCACAAUUAUGUUUGAUAAUUUAAUCAUAUAUAAAGGCUCUGUUGAAUUAGUUUGAUCUUCUCCCAAGAUCAGCUAAGAACAACUACCUUCUGUCUUGCCCUGUUUCCUCUGAUAGUCUAGGUUUUCAAAGCUCCAAUGAUCUUGAUCCCAUCCCCAUAUUCUUCUCUCGGUCAAGCCUACUAUUCUUUAUAUUUUCCACCUGCAUCAAAAUAUAUAAGCAUCUGCUUCCUCAUCAAUACCUCAGGGAAACAGUCAAAGCUUUGUUUGGAUUUUGUUACAUUUUAGCCAUGUGUCGACUGAGAGGGCAUUUCUUAUUAUUUGUGUCAUCAACCUGACAAUGGCUGAUGCAUCAUAAUCCUUGUCCUGAUGCAGGCGCCAGUUUGCUUGAUAGGUUACCAAUUACAGAGUGUGGCAGUUCCUGCAGCAUGAGCAGCCACAAAGCUGAACCCCCUGAGGGGUCUAAAACCAAUAGGAUUUCCAAGGGGGUCAAUACAGACCUAAGAGGGUUUAUUCACUGCCAUUUACCAAGUUUUUCAUGCAAACAUGGGAUGAUUCCAAAACGGUAUGUGAUGCCCUGGAAACAAGAUAUGAAAUACCGAGCAUUACAUUUGCAGCAUGCUGACCAGGUUGAACUAUAUAGUGGAGCCCGAGAAGACACCCUAUUUCUGGAGAAGAGUGAGAGGCUUUGCCAUGGGGAGGACCGAAAGAAACUUAUGCAGAAAGUUCCACAAGAAGAAAUUAUUGUGGAUAUUCCCAUUUAUUCUCACCUCUCCAGAUACCACAAAUCCAUGGUGGCUUAUGGCUUCAGGAUCAAACUCUGAGAUUCCUAUCUUCCAUUGGGAUUUCAUCAGCUGUACAUAAAACAAUGUUACAAGAAAAAAAAAGCUGUGUUUUCUUGGUCUUUUUCCUAAUU